AUGAUUGCAUCCGUCCUCACUCUCGGCCUCUUGGGCCUGGCUGCUGCCGCUCCUGCAACUGUCAAAUCCCAAGCUACUCCGCACUAUCCCGAGACGUCAAAGUCCAACGGCUUCCACCUCGUCGUCAACGUUACCGAUGGCUCAAAGGACUUUAGUCCCUCGAUCCAAAACACGUAUGUUUCCAGCAUCCAUGUCGGCGCCGGCCUCGCCCUCGUCGGCAAUAUCGCCUCCCCCAGCAACGCCCGCAUCUUCUACCAAAACGGCACGGCCGACGAGCACCGCUACAGAAAGACAACCGUCAUCACCGACAGCGGCACUCCGUCUUUCCCCUCGGGCAUCAAGCUAGUGCGAGACAAGGGCUCCGACGCGGUCUCGACAGCCCACCUCGACGCCGGCCCCGGCACUUCCGGCAUCGGGCUCACUGGCUUCCCCGAGCCCUACGUCUUCCUCAACCCCGAGACAUGGCUUGCCUGCAACGAGAGCAUCCCCUACUACCAGAACAAAUACUUCAUCAUCUUCAAGCAGGCCAAUACCACGGUCGGCAAAGACGGCGGCAUCAACCGCAAUGUGCCCAAGGACUGCGCUCCCGUCCGCCUGAUUCCUGAAUGCACCAAGCUUAACGACCUCCCCAGCGGCUCCUACUCGAGCCACGACUUUGCCAUCGAGGACAGGUGCUACGGGGACGUCAAGUUGAUCAAGUGGAGCGAGUACGGGCCCUAG